CUUUCCAGACUAUGAUAUCAACAAUGACUGGACAACUUGAAGAUCUUUCAUAUAAUGAGCUAGUCACGUGUCUAUUAAACGGGUCUAUUGCUCCGAAUCGCUAGGUUUUGUUGAUCUUUUUAUUCACGCCUACACAUCAGCCACCGGUAAUUCAAUAUAUUUAUCUUUUCUUUUUGGGCAGCUAGUUUCUUUAUAAAUCAUUCAAAUUCUUGUUGUAUUGUAGUGGCCUGUUAUUCCAUAGAAAGCGGAAGUGGCCGAGGUUAAGGUGGCUGCAAUUGGGCGGCAAAAGUUUCGCGGCAUUGUGAUUUUGUCAGAGCUAAGAAUCCACAUGGGAUUUCGGUAGCGUGUAAACAGCAUUUGCGGUCGGAAUCCAUUUCCUUCGUCUUCAUCUUUGCGGCUUGUUGCCGUGUUUGCUGUACUCCGAUUGUUGCCACCACAGUUGCCAUGGCAGUGCUGUGAUAUAAGCAAAUUUUGUUGCCAACUGCUUUGCCUGCUUGCAACUGCUAUUUGCUUUUCAUUUCCGGCCACGUCGACAAAUCACAAAACAACCCAAAAAAGGAUAUUAUCUCCGCCUGGAGCGGUCGCCCAGUCUGUUGGUGCUACUUCCCGUAUUUGUAUAAAUAAUUUGCAAAACAUUUUUCGUUUCAUCGCUCUGCUGGCUGAUUGUGUCCAGAGAUUUUCCGUGUUUUAAUGGUCUUCUAAGUGGCUCUUUCUCCAUCUCCCUGCUACUGUGACCUUUCCAUCUUGAUCUUCCAUGUUGGGGUCACUUUAUUUGGGCCAUACCCAAAUGGUUGGCCAUUGUCCACUCAGUUUUCCACUCACGUGUGCAAAUAGAAAACCAAAACUGAUUGGGCACACAUUGAAAAAUAAUGUGUUCUAGUUAGUUUUUCUAUAUUUCGACAUUCUUUACUUAACACAAUCAAUGAAAUAGGUUUUUUACAUUUUCGGUUGAGUGUAAUCCAGUUCUUGACAAAUUCAUAAUGCUAAUUGCCUGGCCAAAUGUUUGUGCCUCCGAAAUUUCCACUUGUCAUCUUGGGUUGAUGGCUCACUUAAUUCACGAGCUAUUUCAAAGCGAGUUAAGGCUGUGACGCCUACACCUGCAGCUAGUUAGUCGUUGGGAGCAUGAAGUGGACAACGGGUCUGCUCUUGGCGGUGGGGCUACUCACCCUGCCAUCGCCGGGAUUAGCCUCUCGAAAUCUGACGGAAUUCAUGGGACAUCGACAGAAACGCUGGCUGAUCUACCAGAAUAGCGGGUCCAUGAAGUUCAGUAUUGGUCCAUCAAUGCCAAUUCCCCUGGGGGAUAAGGUGUCCUUUCGUUCCUGUGUGCUCUCCUUUACGCUCCAAGGCGGAUCCUAUUCUCUGCCCACCUCACCAAUCUGGCCGUGGGACAAGUGGGAAGGCACCUUUGCCCGAUCCUUAACGCAAAUGCGCAAGAAUAUUGAGCGCCAUGUGGCUAAUGGAGGAGUGCGAUAUGCGGAUGAUGCCAGGCUGCUGGUUUACACUGCUCUGGAGGAGUACAUUGGCAGGAGUAACAAUGACCAUUCCGUGGGCAGACAAUGCCUGCUGCGCUCCAUCUGCGAGAAUGCUCAGAUUCAUCAUCACAUCGGCGUGUUCUCGGAAAUCAUGGAUAUCGUACUCAGUCCCGGCAAAGCGGAUGUGGACAAUGCCUACCAUGAGGCCUAUGCCGCAGGAAGAGCUGGAGCCAAUUGCUUGGGCUUAUACAGGACCUGUCCUCGGGGUAUCAACUUCCUCGACGGGCUUUUGAUUGCGGAAGAUGAUUGAUUUACUGUGCUCCUGCUCCUGCUCCUGCUGCUUCUUCUGCUGCUGCGGCUGCUACUGCGGAUUGCUGUGGAGUACGGAAGAGAAUGGGGAUCCGCAAUAAAGUUUUCAACCAAA